AUGGGGCAAAGACGGAAACAGGUUCAUCCUACGAGGGGAAAGAACAAAGACAAAGAGAUGGUGAAUGAUGUCUAUGACAGUAUGGUCUCCCCCUCAUCGCUACAGGGACUUGUGACCUCUGUAUUUCACAAGACUCCUUCACCUCCAGGAUCGUCUUCCUCUUCAAUGGUACCCGUGAACAUGCAUCGUCAGCAGCAGCCAUCACCACGUCCUUCAACAUCAUCAGCACCUUCACCACCCUUGUCACCACAUGAUCUUCAACGCUUUCAACCUCUGCAACAGCAACAGCAGCAGCAGCAACAGAAGUCCACGCCAGGUCCGUCUUCCUCUUCGAUGGUACCCUUGAACAAGCAUCGUCAGGAACAACAACGGCCUUCCUCACCAGCACCCUCACCCCCACUUGAUCUUCAACGCUUUCAACGUCUGCAGCAGCAGGACACCCCACGAAGGAAGAAAAAAGACAAGAGACCGUCUAUUUUUCCGACAAGGGAUGCGACAACCCUUGCCGUCAAAGGAAGAAAUCGUCUUUUGCAGUGGUUUGCGAUUGUCGUGCGGAACCUGAGAGCAGGACACAUCCCAUUGAAAGCUCAACAUAAGACGUGGUUGCAGAGACAUAAUGAUACCCUGACUAAAAUUGUCAAUCCACGUCUGCCUAUGGAUGAACGUCUUGACUACCUGAUGCAACGCAGUGGCAGUGGAACACUUGCAGGGGUCUUGACACGCAUUCUGUUGCAAUGGCAAAAUUAUCUUCAAGCACCACUCCUCAAACAGGGUAACACCAGGCGCCACCGACCUACAACAACAACAACGAUGACUACUAAGCCAAAAGUAAAGGCUCAUGAAAAUGUCAUGAAAGCAUAUCAAGCUGAUGCUCUCAGACGAUUGGUGCACCUGCGGACCCAAAGAAAGUCCAAGAAGUCAGAUCAACAGUUGCAACUCCCUCCUGCCACUGCCUGA